AUGGAAGAGGUAUUAAAUGACAUCGAAGACACCACAUAUACAGAAAACCCUCCUACUGCAGGGGCAGAUGUCGUAGAAUGGAAACCAAGAAUAGGAAUGAAGUUUGAAAUUGAGGAAAAGGCAUAUGAUUUCUAUAAUUCAUAUGCUGGUCGAGUCGGUUUUAGCAUCCGCAAAGAGUAUUUUAAUAAGAGCAAGAAGACUGGUAAACUGUCAUCGAGAUUGUUAACAUGCUGCAAGGAGGGUUUCAGGGGUGACGACAUUCUGGACAGUAAUACAAAGACUCCCAGGACCGAAACACGAACUGGUUGCCUUACUCGAAUGCUUAUACAAGUUUCCAAGUAUACGCAUAAGUUUGAAGUUACAGAAUUUGUUAAAAGCCGCAACCAUCCAUUGAUGAUUGAUAAAUGCAUGCACAUGCUGCCGUCGCAACGUAGAAUUAGCCGUGUUCAGGCCAUUGAUUUGGAAUUGGCUUCUGAUUCAGGAAUAAGCCCUCGCAAUUCAUAUGAGUUGAUGGAAAGGCAAGCUAGUGGAAAAGAAUUAGUCGGGUACAUGAAGUUGGAUUUGCUAAACCAUAUAAGGACUCGAAGACAUACUAAGCUCAAAUAUGAAGAAGCAGCAUGGCUAAUGAAUUAUUUUAAAACUUUGUCUUGUGAAGAUCCAUCUUUCUUUUAUGCAUUCCAAUUGGAUAGUGAUCAAAUGAUCACUAACAUAUUCUGGGCUGAUUCAAAAAUGAUAGUUGAUUAUUGCAAUUUUGGAGAUGUUGUAAGUUUUGACACAACAUACAAAGUUGUACAUGUCAAUCAUCCAUUUGGAAGUUUCUUGGGGUUGAAUCAUCACUGGGAGACCGCUGUGUUUGGAGCAGCGUUCAUGUAUGAAGAGACUGCAGAGUCGUUUAUCUGGUUGUUUGAAACAUUUUUGAAAGCAAUGUUCGAUAAAGCGCCAAAGACGAUCUUCACUGAUCAAGAUGCUGCAAUGGGAAAGGCAUUGACGCAGAAGCAUCUAGGGUUGUUGUUUAGACGUGCGCAAGGCUUUAAGAAGGUGUUAUCAAAAUUAAUGUUUGAAAUUGAGGAGGAGGAAGAAUUUACCAGGGAAUGGAAUUUAAUGAUAACGGAAUAUGGUGUUGUUGGUAACACAUGGCUUACAAAUCUAUUAGGUUUGAAACAUAGAUGGGCCAUGGCAUUUAUUAAACAUGCCUGGUCCGCGGGUAUCCACAGCACACAACUGAGUGAAAGUUUCAAUGGUUGUUUGAAAGCAUACUUAUCCAAGCAACUAAUUCUUCCAGAUUUCUUCACACACUUUGAAAGGCUGUUGUCCAACAAGCGUUACAAGGAGUAUGUAGCCGAGUACGGGUUGCUCCACAAUCUACCUCAACUGAAAACAAACUAUAACAUAUUAGUAGAGGCGGCAAACCUGUACACAAAGGUUAUAUUUAAUAGUUUCCAGGAGGAGUUCUUAGCAGCUAGUGCCAUUCAGAGGAUCAUUGGUUGCAGUCCCAUCGAGGGAAACAGAGGCUGUGUUUACAAAGUCGUUGGUGAGGAUGGAAUGCAACGCAACAUAACGAGGACAUCAGAAGAUGAAUUAUUACGUUCUUGUUGUAAAUUUGAAAGGGAGGGUAUUAUGUGCAAGCAUAGUUUGAAAAUCCUAAAGGACUCCAUAUUCACCAAUACAUUGCCUUGUCGAUAUAUAUUAAGAAGGUGGACUAGAAGUGCAAGAGAUGACAGCUUGGAGGAAAAUCUUUCCGGUGAAGUGAUUGUCGAUGCUGAUCCAAAAAUUGAGGUUAGGAGAUGGCACAGAGUACUUUGUCGUAUUCUGACUGAAAUUUCGUCCAUUCUAUCAGAGGAUAAGGACGGAUACAAUGAUUUGUUGGUGAAAGCCAUGAAGUGGAAAAAAAUUACUCAAUCAACUUGUAAGCGUAGGUUUGCAGAGAGGAAUCCAAUUUAUACUGCUGGUAAAGGCAAAAACCAAUAUCACGAGACCAACAUAAAUACUGACAAAUUCCCCAAUGGCCUUAAGUGUAAAGAUACAUGGAAAGGAAAAUUUAAGAGGUUAAAACCGACCAUGGACCUAAAGAGUCGCAAUAAGACAAAAUCACUAAAACGAAUAAAUAGCAAUGAAACCCUUCAAUCUGGAGAGGCAGGUGCUAGUACUUAUAGUGGAACAAUCCCCUACCACGUGUUGGUGAAUGGCUGUGAAAUUCCAGUUGAAUUUGUCAAUGAAGAAAAUUAUGUGACGCCACCACAAUGUGUAAUGCAUCACAUAAGGUUUUCGCAACUGCCUGCUGAACUAAGUAUUCUAUUAACUAACCAGACCUUUGUCGCCGAUUCAUGCAAUUCCAAUACCAAUUAUUCACAUGAUGAUUGCUUCAGUGAAGGUUUCAGAAUUGAUAUGGUGUGGCGGUUAUGCCGCGCCAUGAGAAGAAGGAUCCACCGCCUAGAGAGGGAUUUCCAGGAUGAUUCGGACUCUGCUAUAGUAGAGGUGCUGGGGGAACCAAGUGACUCAUAG